UUUAUUUCCCAUCACUAUCCACACUCUCUCUCUCUCUCUCACUCUCUCUCUCUCUUAGAGGAAGAAGCAAUGGAAGAAGAAACACACACUCACACAAACACAAAUCACGCAACCCCUGAACCCGAACCAGAUACACCGAUCCACUUUUCCGACCCGACCCAUCACGACCUCGCUUUCCCCGCAGGUCUCACCCAAGAAGAAUUCGAAACCCUAAAACCUUCAAUCGCCAAGCACCACACAUACCCACUCUCCGCCACGCGCCGCCAGUGCUCCUCCCUCCUCGCGCAGCGCAUCCACGCGCCGCCGCACGCCGUCUGGUCCAUCCUCCGCCGCUUCGACAAGCCCCAAUCCUACAAGCACUUCAUCAAGUCAUGCCACGUCAGCGAAGACUUCCAGCUCGCCGUAGGCUGCACCCGCUACGUCGACGUCAUAUCCGGUUUACCGGCUAACACCAGUACCGAGAGGCUCGACGUGUUGGACGAUGACCGACACGUCAUCGGGUUCACUAUUGUUGGGGGUGAGCACCGGUUGAGGAAUUACCGGUCAGUUACUAGCGUUCACGGGUUCGAACAUGAUGGGAAGAUCUGGACCGUUGUUUUGGAGUCGUACGUUGUGGACGUUCCAGAAGGGAACACCGAAGAGGAUACUCGUCUGUUCUCGGAUACAGUCGUUAAGCUAAACCUCCAGAAACUCGCGUCUGUCACCGAAGGGAAGAUCACCGACGGUGACGAUAGCUAGAAAGUAGACAAGAGUUCUGUUCUGGAAUCAGUGAAAUGAUGCAUGAAUGAAUGUCUUUUGGAUUUGAAGGGCACUUUGGUCAACACAUGUUGAGGCAUCAAGUGUUGACUUAUUACGGUCUAUGGAUGAUCCAUGAUACUGAUAUUGAUAUGUUUCUACGAAUAACCACUGUGUUGAAAUGUGAUAUGAUAUGAUUACAGGGCUUUCUUGUUAGUUCAA